CCUCGCCUCCUCUGCUGCUUCCCCUCUCCUCUCCUCUCCGCCCAUCCUGGAGGACAGAGCGAUGCGGAGACAAUAGGACGCGGAGCCGGAGGAGUCUGCAGGAUGCUCGGCGCCACAUCCACCGACACACGGCUGCACGGAGGCUGUUCACAGGAGACCGGGCGUUUCUCCCAACUCACCUGGCCUUAGUAUGCUCCCAGACACCCCCCUCCCCUCCCCCGUGUGUUGGACCGACAGUGCGGACUCCACAGCCUCCAUAUGGGUACCAAUUGAAGGUGACACCAGCUGUUAGCUGUCCCACCUGAGCCCGUCUGUUUCCCAGUUUUUCGUCCUGGUCCGUCCCCCAAAGCAGUCCCGAGCAUGAGUUCUUCACCGCUGGUAUCUCGGGCCAACAUGGACAUCCUGGACGAGCUGCAGCUGAUCGCAGCCCAGAACCUGGAGAGGCUGGAGGUGAACAAGUACUACGAGGUGAUCCGGGAGCUGGGCAAGGGCACCUACGGCAAGGUGGAUCUGGUCAUUCACAAGAUCAGAGGUACAAAAAUGGCACUGAAGUUCCUGAAGAAGAAGACAACGAAGCUGAAGUCGUUCCUGCGGGAGUACAGCAUCUCCCUCUACCUGUCCCCCUGCCCGUUCAUCAUCAACAUGUUCGGCAUCGCUUUUGAGACAGACGACUACUAUGUGUUCGCACAGGAGUACGCCCUGGCAGGGGACCUUUUCGAUAUCAUUCCUCCACAGGUUGGUCUUCCUGAGGCGGUGGCAAAGCGCUGUGUGCACCAAGUAGCCAUCGCUCUGGACUACCUGCACUGUAAGAAGCUGGUCCACAGGGACAUAAAGCCCGAAAACAUCCUCAUUUUUGACCGAGAGUGCCGCAAAGUUAAGCUGUCGGAUUUCGGCAUGACCCGCCGAGCCGGCUCACCUGUGAAAAGAGUGAGCGGCACCAUUCCCUACACCGCCCCGGAGCUCUGUGACGUGUCCCGCCACGAGGGUUUCUGCGUGGACUACAGCACCGACGUCUGGGCCUUCGGGGUGCUGCUCUUCUGCAUGCUGACUGGCAACUUCCCCUGGGAGAAGGCGCUGCCCUCCGACUCCUUCUACCAGGAGUUCAUCCGCUGGCAGAGGAGGAGGACAAACACGGUGCCGUCCCAGUGGAGACGCUUCACCGAGCAGGCGCUCCGCAUGUUUCGGCGGCUGCUCUCCGUGGAGCAGGACCGCCGCUGCUCCGUCAAAGAGGUUUUCGGGUACUUCAGCCACUCUUGGAUGCUGGACGCGGAGAACAACACCAACAACGGCAAUGGCAACAGCAACGGCGGAGGUGGUGGAGAGAGGGUGGGCGGUGGAGGAGGAGGAGGAGGAGGAGGGGUGCGGGGAGAGGGCGAUGGCACUAUCUCGUCAUCGUCAUCCGGGGAGGAAGACGAGGAGCUCCUUGUGGAGAAAAUGAAACAGCAGACUUUAUCUCCUCUCUCUCCCAUGUCUCCGGUGGCAGUGGAGAGGGGGAGCGGGGGCGGGGCUAAGGCUGGGAUGAUGGAACCAGGCGGCGGCCACCAUUUUGUGUCCGUCUCCACCAACAGCUCCGUGUCCUCCACCAACAGCUACGACCGAAUGCCGCGAGAGAACAGUUCCCCGGGUGGCCGCAUGCUGGUGGCCACGCCCAUCGAAAUCUGCGUCUGAGCGCAUCAGAACGUUGACGUCUUCAUGGAUCCACAAACACACUUUUAUACCUCUCAUCCAAACACAUAGAUGUGCAUGCAUGGAACAAAAUAACAAACUGAUCAUGAGUACUAACAUGUAUCCUGUUAUAAACAUCUUGGGAAAGGAACAGCACAUGAAAGACUUAACAGAGAGUAUUUGUAGAAUGCGUACAUUUUGCAUGUGGUAGGUUUUUUUUUGGUCGAACUGGAGUCAAAAGACUCCACAAAAAGCCCCAUUUACGCUUUGAAUUCAAUGGCAGUUUCGUUAAAACCCAGAGGAAAAAUUGCUACCAAUAGAGAUUCUGUCCGCGAAACCAUCCGAAAAGAAGACCAAAAUGUAGUUCUUAAAGCAAUACUUUCAGCAAAAAAAAAAGGCAAAUAGAGACAAAAGUGUGCAGAGUACUGCGUGUAUCUGUUGUACACUUAUAAAUGAAGCCAAGGGACAAAGGAUUUUUUUUUAUGAGAAGACUAAAACGGAGUUCAAGGAAGUAAUUUGUAAGUAAAAAAACAAGACAAGCAGUGGUUUUAAGUGUUUCACUUGUGACAAAAAAAAUGUGAAAAGUGUGAGUGUGUUGUGCGUGUUGUGUGCGUUUGAAUCCAAAAGAAGUGGAUUUAUUUUGCUUUAAAAAGACUAUUUUUUCUAUUGGUUUUUUUUUUGUAAAGCAGCUUCCUUUGGGCUUUUUUUUGUUCGACUUCACGUUGGAUUUUGGUGUUCUGGCACAGCUGUGCCAAAUCUACUUCCAUUUGGUUAGGUUAGCUGUACAUAUUGGUAUUCAUACCAAUAAUUUGAUAUCAUUUAUGAGGUUUGACCGAUGGGUUUCAGGUGGAAUAUCUUACCGCUGUUGUGUAGACUGAGAGAAGGCUUAUGAUGUCUGUCAAACAUAUCUACUUCCCCGUUGAAAGAGGAUUUUCUAGCCACUCUAAAAAUUGUUUUUUUUUUUAUAGCUUCUGUUUUAUUUCUUUUUCCUCGGAUUUUUUUUUUUUUAUUGCUUAUGUUUGUCUUCAACACGUUUAGCAAAAUGUAUCGUCUAAAAAGAAAAGAGUCAGUUAGCCUUUUGAAUUCAAUCCGAAGAAGAAAAAAAAUCAUACAAGAUGUUAAAGAGUGACCUUUUAUAAUCUGCAUGAAGAGUAGCUCAAACGUAACCUUAUGGAGAAAUUGAACCGGCUUUACGGGGGAAAAAAAAAAGGUUAAAAAAAGAAAAUGUCGUAAUGUGGAAUUUCUGCUGUAGCACAGUUUCUUGCAUUAUGUCCCUGAGUGAUGAUCUCUUGAGACAUCUUAGGGCUAAAAAAAAAACAUAAUAGAAUAAAUAGAAAAUAAUUUCUAUUCAUUGUGUUGUAUUAUGCAUUACUAUCAAUGCAGUGAACCACCACCUGCAGGAAGAGAAAAUAAGCAAAGCAUGAGGACAUAGAGCGGGAGCUUGAAUUCAAACCACAAAUAGAAAAUUAAAUGAUGUCAUAUUUGCUUCUAAAUUGCCACUUUUAGUGAAGCAGUGUGGCGUAGAUAGAUAGAUAGAUUUUUUUUUCUAGCAAGUUAAAAUAACAGACAAAAAAUGAUCCAUUAGUAUCUUUGACUCAAUAUUGUCUAAAUAAUUUGAGGGG